UUCAUGCCACCACCAUACCCAACCUCUGAGUCAAUCAUAGAUGUUUAGUUAUCUGGAAGACAGUGGUGGUUGAGCAAGGCAGCCUUAAGGCACCAAUCACAACAUUUUGGCCUUCUUAAACCAUCGUGUUUGCUUCCCUCGUGCCAAUUCUUUGUCAAACAAACCCACCCCGUUUGAGUGAAGCUCUUAUCGUCUAACUAGGGAUUUAAAGCCCGUGAAAACGUGAUUGUUUUGUUCGAAAAGUAUUUGAUGUGUUAUCAUUCACACCUUGCAAGUGACGUGUUGUGAUAUUCUUGCUGCCCAUUUUGGAAAACUCUACGAUGCGAAGAUCGUGAUGAGCAGAACAUCUUCAUCAUCAUGCAGAAGGCAAGCGUGAAGACUCUGUCCAUCAUUGACACUCUUAGUGAGUUGGUUCAAAAUGAAGGCGAAGCCACACGUCUGGCCACCCCUUAUCAACAAAAGAGGAACAAUGGAUCCACGUCCAUCCUACGGGUUGCACCUAUGCUGAAGCCCAGAAGUCCCAAGGUCAAUGUCCCAUCGGCAGGAACCCCAACCAAAACGUCAUUGAGUCCGGCCAAUCCUCAAUACCUGAAUUCAUCCCCCAAGAAAUCGCCCAACCCGUCCAAAGAAGGGUUCAACAUGAGUGCCAUCAGUCACACCAACGGCUCACAGUUUCCAUUGAAGAAAUUGAAUGGAGGAUUCGGGGCCAAGAAAAAGAAACCCACCAUCAAUGGCGGCGGCGGAGGUGGACGAUUCCCUUCCAAUUCAAGAGGUCAAACUCCCGAUUGGAUCCGAGAUAUCUUUCUCCAAGCCAAGAGAGGCAUUGUGGAUAAGUUGAGCUCGGCUUUGGAAGGCUUGGAACCCACCCUAAUCAGGAAUUUGACAGAUCAUUUGGGCAACAAUCUCUUCCACGCGGUGUGCUCUUAUGGACAUGUGAAUCUCCUACCUUGGUUGACUCGCCGAUUUGGAAACGAGUUGAACGGGGCCCUCCUCCACGAUGAGAACCGACACGGGCUCAUUGCACCAAUACAAGCCAUUAAGCAUGGUCAUUUGGAUUGCGUUCAAUGGUUGGUUCGGAACACCAAUCUUCGUGAGUGGAUCCACAGUCAAAAUGGCGAACGAUCCUUGUUGCACUACGCGGCAAAAUAUGGCAAGAAUGAGAUUGUGAAUUGGCUAUCCGAAGAAAUGGUUCGGGGCGACAUCAGUGUGAAUCAAGUGGACGUAGCCGGACUAACACCGAUGCAUUUAUCGGCCCGAGAGGGUCAUCUCGCCACAUUAUCAGCUUUGCUCCAUCACGGAGCCCAAAUUGAUGCCAAGAGCGACAUGAGCUUAAGUCCGUACGAUUUUGCUCGGAUCUCAAAGAAGCGGGAUUGUGCGGAAUUCCUGUUGCUCUUCCAAUCCUCUUUGGGGUUGUCCCAAGAGUUACUUCGCAUUCGAAGUCAGGUCGACGCCCUUCAAUCAGAAAACAAUGAAAUACGAUCACAUUUUCGGGAUGUGCUUUCUAUUUCGAAGAAAUUGGCCAAGGAAAGGGAUGAAAUGUGUCGGGAAUUGGGACGGAUGUAUGAUUCAAUGAUGGAACUCCAUAACAACAUGACCAUGGAAAUACAAGUGCUCCACCAGGAGAACGGAUCUCUUCGCAAAAAUGGAACGCAUAAAAACAGUGAUUCGGAAUUGAAUUCCAACAAUAUUGAAGCGUGCACGGCUCUUCAUGAACGGUGGCAACAAAAUCAAAAAACUUGGUUCUCCAAUUCCUUAGUGGAUGCUGAACAUCGUCUUAUGAUGACUGAGGAAAGUUACAAAAAGAUCAAAGGUCAAAACUCCUUACCAAAGGCUCAAAACUCGGAUUCCUCCUACAGCCAUCGGUUGCUCAGAGACAGAAUCGAGGAAAUCCGUACCCAUUUCAUGCAAACCAAUCCAAAUGGUCCCAGGUUACCAUCUAGUUCUGAAGAGGACGACUCCGAUACUCUUGAGAUGUCGGAUGAGGAUACAUCUCCAGAGGUGAUGGAAAUGAAGAGACUCCGAAGGAGCAUCGCUCAGCGAAAAAAAUUAGCCACGCCCAUUCCCAAGCCCAAUUCUAGUGGGUCCAUGGACGAUAGUGUUUACAGCUCAUUAUCAAAUGACAUGUACAGUAAGAUUGGCAGUCCAAAAACCUCGCAAGGAAUGGGCAGUGGAGAACCACUUACUCCGACAGAAACCAAGAGGUCUCGCGAAGAAAUCAAAACCAUGAUUAAAAACUUCAACCUCACGUCAGAGUCUGGCACUGCCUCGGUCAUUGAAGUCAUAGAACCCACGAGUAGUGAAGAGGAAGAGUUUAAGAAAUCCAUGCGAGAGAUGAACAUAUCCUGGUCCAAAGCCAAGAUGACAAGUUCCCCCGGUCGAAACAAACCCGAACUUCCCUCCAGACGAUUCUCCUCCGGAGAGACAUCGCCCACCAAGCGCUUACUUGAAAUGGGCGUGCCUGUGGCCACUUUGGCGGAGGCAGAUAUGCCAGAAUAUGUCAAUGAAGUGUCCAGAAAAGGAACCAAUGACCUUGAGCACUUGGAGGAACACAUGGUGGAUACCACGUUUGACGAGGACGACGACGGAGACUUGGAUGAAAAGAAAGACGGGAAAAAGACCACGUUCCUCCAAAAGAUUGGCAUUAAGACAAAGUGGAACAAGAAACGAGGCCCGAGGAAAGCCCCCGCUGGACGAGAAUCCAAUGGGGACGAAGAUGAUGAUGAGGACGAGGAUGGAGCCAAAGCAGAGGAGCACGUACUACCCGAUCACUUUGAAGAGGACCAAGACGACAAUCAGACCGCCUCUUUGAAAGCCAGCAAAGAGAACAUCCUGAACCGAAAGUCUCUGUCACCACAAUCCAGAAAGUCUUUGUACGGAAGCAAGACCACCAUGUUGACCGAGGCCACAUCAGUGGCCACGUCUGAAGACUCCGGAAUCGGUUUCUUCCGACCCACUUCCAGUGGUUCCAACUCCAAGACAAACUCGUUAGACAAUCGGAACUCCUCUUCCAGUUCGUCACCCAACCUCAACUCCAAAGAACUGAACACGCCCCCGGUGUCUGGUGAGUUUUCCAGCAACCGACUGGGCAAGAUCGAAGAGGUAUCGGUCACUUCUUCGGCCUCCAGAAGCAGCUCUGCCCUCCCAACUGAGUUGAUGACUCAAUUUUCUCCCGACAAAGCCCGUGACCGACACUUUAGUUCGAUGAUUUCGCCCUUGAGUUUGGUGCGGAAGAAGAGUCUGGAAGCUAAGGCUUGGUACGAUGUUCCAUCCGAGGACGAGCGAGAAAUCGUAGACGAGGCCGACAGUUUGGCCAGUAUUAUCUCAAUGCGAGGCUCCAGUGAUGAGGACUGAAAAUUGAACCUAUUGUGAACAUUGUUGCCAUAAUAUCGCCAUAUAUCCGAGCUCAUUCACGUGUUUGUUUUGUCUUCGAUCUAGGGAAUUUCCCCUUUGAUUGAAUAAAGAAAGGCCUUGACCAAGGUAA